AUGACGCCGCCGCCGAAGUUACCUGGGAGGUUGCUGGGGCCUAGUCGCGCUCCGCUGCUGCCCGCUGCCCCGGGCCCACCCUCGCCCUCCGCCGCCGUCGCCGCCGCUCGCUGCUUCUUCCGCGGUGGCGGGGACACUCCGCCGCUCUCCGAGUCGGAGGAAGAGGAGGAGGAGGCCAGAGUGAACGUGGUGUGCUCGGCCGCAGCUGCUGCCGCCGUGGUGGGCUCGGUGCCUGUGCGGUGGGUCCGGGGGCGGGGGGCGCCUCCUCCCCCCAGGGGGGAGGCCGGGGAUCUGUCAGCGCCGCCUCGAGAGAGACGGCGAAGGUUCCGGAAGGUCCGCGAGCCCCACGAUCGCCAACCGUCGCCCGGCCCGGCCGCGGCCGCGGGGUUUCCCUCCCUGCUCCCUGUCAGCUGCCCCGCGUCGCCGGCGGUGACAGUGGCGGCUCCGGCCGCUCUCCGGCUCAGUCCGUCGUCGUCGGCGGCGGCUCGGUGCUGCCUCACCCCCUCGCUCGCUGGAUGGAUGGAUAGAUGGACGCACCUCCUUACCGAUGUCAGAUCGGCCUUCCUGAGAGUGAACCCGCAUCUGGCCUUGAGGGAGUCCCCAGCCAUAUCCUCAGGACCAGCUGCCAGGCAUAACUGCUCUGCCCAAGACCACAGGAAGUUUCAGUGAAUUGUGGAUGUAGCCCAGUUCAUCACUCAAAUUAACCUACCACCAUCGAGUCUCUCUACAUUUCAGCUGCCUCAGGAAAACAGUCAGCGUAAUCAAGGACCCUUUCCCUCUUCUCCCCUAAAAACUCGCACUACCAGAUUCAGGAAAAGCUUCUCUGUUGUUAUCAGACUACUAAUCAGUCCUCCCAUAGCUAGGUGUAGUCCUGACCCCCCAACCUACCUCAUUUUGGACAUUUAACUUUAUUUUUAUUUUCACUUUCUUUGUAACACUAUAUUUUGCACUCUGGUACUUUCCCCUUUGUAUUAGCUGUUGCAUUCUUGUAUGGCUUGAUUUUACUUAUCUACAGUAUGAUUUGACUGGAUUGCGUGAAACCGCAGCUUGUCACUGUAUCUCGGUACACAUAUAAACCAAUAAACUAAUAACAAUACCCACCAGUGGUGGCUCAGCAAUGCACAUAUUGUAAGCAUGGAGUAAAUCCAAUCUCCAAUCAAAGUAGAUAUGAGAAUUUAUAAUAACGAUAUGAAUAUUAUAUAAUUAUUUGUCAAAUUGUAGUGAACGGUGCCAACUGAUCAAGAACACAAACAUCCUGCGGCGUGCUCUGAUGUGUUUGCGAGUGCGUACGGGUAUACGUGAGUGUGCACAGAAACAUCCUGCAGCGUAUUCUGCUGCGCACUCGGGGUUUGUAAGUGCGUUCGGGGAUAUUCGGGGAUAAGUGAGUGUAUGUGCCUUAUUUGGUAGUGUAAUAAAUUACUUAGUGAAUCAAA